CCUUUCCCCCCCUCUUUUCUCUCACAAUGAGUUUAUCGGUAGCUGAUAUAUUUGAAGAUUAUUUAGAAAGUUUGCAAAACUUGCCAUCUGAAAUCGAUCAAAAUAUGCAUGAGUUAAGACGAAUGGAUGAUGAUCUACAAAUUCCGAGAGAAUACACAAGACAUAAACGGUCUUACAUUAAGCAGUCCAAAGCGUUAGAAUCAACCGAUACGCUUGCCAUGGUAUCUGCUCGAUUGCAGUUGGAGAAAAUUAUAGACGGCCAUGCAAAAACAGGAUCAAAAAUUGAAUUAGCCAUGAGAAUGUACGACCUUGUCAUGACAAAGAGUAAUCUAAACAAGUCUGACUGGAUCAGAAAGGGACCUCAGAGAAAGAGACUGGAUGGUGGCAUUCGCAAAAGAACCGCCCGCGGGCAAUGGUUUUGUGAAGAAUGCAACAAUUUAAUGCAAUAUAGCAGCAGUAGCGGUGAAGACUCUUCCUCUUGAAAAUAUACCUUUUUUUUUUAUCAUUAAACACCGAUAAUCCUGUCUGCACCCUUGUGUUCGAUCUUGGGCAAACGUUCACAGUUCCACAUAAUAAAGCUUCGUUACGCCAUGCAGACAUAAAUUGGGAAACUUGGGGGGCAUACGUCAAGUAAAUCAUUGCAAGUCCACAAUAUGCUAUUUAGUAUAACCUUCGAAAAAGCAGCAUAUACGGUUCGUCAUACGGGCACGGAAUUAUUGAGCACGGACAUAAUCAUGACUACUCCUAUCAUGUUAUGAGAUGAGGAGCAAAUAAUAACACUAAUAUAGGUACUGAC